AUGGAUCCUAAAAAUGGCUCUCUAGUGACCGAGUUUAUUUUACUUGGAUUUUCUGGACGAUGGGAACUUCAGAUUUUCUUCUUUGUGACAUUUUCCUUAAUCUAUGGUGCUACUGUGGUGGGAAACACUCUCAUCAUGGUCACGGUGAUGUUUAGUUCGACGCUUCAUUCUCCCAUGUACUUCCUCCUUGGAAACCUCUCUUUUCUGGACAUGUGUCUUUCCACUGCUACCACACCCAAGAUGAUCACAGACUUGCUCAGUGAACGCAAGACCAUCUCUGUAUGGGGCUGCAUGGCCCAGAUGUUCUUUAUGCACUUCUUUGGGGGAGCAGAGAUGACUCUUUUGCUAGUCAUGGCCUUUGACAGAUACGUAGCCAUAUGUAAACCCCUGCACUACAGGACAAUCAUGAGCCACAGGUUGCUGAAUGGGUUUGUGAUACUUUCAUGGAUAAUUGGCUUUAUACACACCAUGAGCCAAAUGGUAUUAACAGUGAACUUACCUUUCUGUCACCACAACGUCAUAAAUAGCAUAUUUUGUGACCUUCCCCUCGUGAUCAAGCUUGCCUGUGUUGAAACAUAUGCCCUGGAAUUAUUUGUUAUUGCUGACAGUGGGCUGCUCUCUUUCAUCUGUUUCAUCCUUUUGCUUGUCUCCUACACUGUCAUUCUGGUCACUGUACAACAAAAAUCAUUGGGUGGCCUUUCCACGGCUCUAUCCACAUUGUCUGCCCACAUCCUUGUGGUCACUCUGUUCUUUGGACCUUGUAUCUUUAUAUAUGCCUGGCCAUUCAGUAGUUUGGCAAGCAAUAAAACUCUUGCUGUAUUUUACACUGUUAUCACACCCUUACUGAAUUCUAUUAUUUAUACCCUGAGAAAUAAGAAAAUGCAAGGGGCCAUGAGAAAAUUAUGGUUCCAACAUGUUAGCUCUGUGUAG